ACCUUCAGUUGGUUCUUCACAAGUAGUCGAGACGUCGCGUGAUGCGGAGCGUGGCGUCAGCCGAGUGCAUUACGUUUACUAUCAACAAAAUCCUCCUCCUAUAGGCGUGACACGCGUCGUAACACGUAGGAGUUGCGUAUCAGCCAUCUUCUUCCUUGUUACUUCUUACGUUUGGUGUAUAUCUUUUUUUCUCCCUCUCUCCAUUCUCUUUCUGUUCAUUCGAUAUCACACGCAACGAGGCGUGAUUCAUCAUUGUGUACUCCGUUUCUUCGAUCGACUUUUAAGCUGUCAAUCGAGCCACGAGAGAAUACGCACGUAUUUAAUUCACGCCCAAUAUAGUGACGUAUCGUUGGAAGAAAGGAAAAAAAAAAAUUAAGAAAAAAAUACGCCGCUGUAGGAGUUAGAGAGCAACGCCUACGGUUAAGGUGUCACAUACGUGACUGAAUUUAUUGAUAUUGUCUGCUGCGAUAAUCAUUCUCGUACUAGUGAAGAGUGUUAUUUCCUCUGUGGAUAUAAGCCUAGAUAAGAGAUCGAGAGAGAGAGAGAGAGAGAGAGAGAGAGAGAGAGAGAAAGAGAGAGAAAGAGAAAGACAAUAAAAAAAGAAAGAAAGAAAGAAAGAAAGAAAGAAAAAACAGUUUGGAGGCCGUCGUCGAAUGGUUAUAUAAUUCCGUCCUUGAGAUAGGACCGACAAAAAAAGAAAAAGAAAAUACAACGCGUUACAGUUAACAAGCAAUAAAACCACCCACGCGACUUCUCCUGUCAGCCGGAUUUGCCCUCGUCCUUGCAACGUACUAUCCUAAGCAAGAGUAACCUAAACGCGUCCUGAAUUUCCAAUUCAUCGUCAAACGUCGAACGGAUCCGACGAGGGUGCGUGCCUUGACUGAAAGGCUGAAGGAGGAAAAGAGGGGAGAACGAGAAAGAGGGGGAGUAACAGAACUAACGAGCGAGUGAUAGAGAGAGAGAGAGAGAUAGAGAGAUAGAUAGAGAGAGAGAGAGAGAGAGAGAGAAAGAAAGAAAGAAAGAGAGAGAAGGGAGUGCGAUUGUGUGUGCAGACCACGAGUGCGGGCGCGCACUGUAUAAAAGUAGAGGAGAGGGAAGGAGGGGCGACCUUCGACUUGUCAUCGGCGAAAGACUGUCUCGUGGCACCGAUGGUGCGAAACUUGACAAUGGAUCAAACAUUUUACGAGGACGCUACAAGCGUUUACGGUGUUGUAAAUCGUGAAAAUAAUAAUAUGGGCCAACCGAAACGUAAUUUAACAUUGGAUUUAAACAAUUGUCAGAGACAAGGGCAACAGGCAAAAAGACCUAGAUUAGGUCCUUUACCGACAACAUUGAACAAUGUUGCACCGAUAUUGAGCUCGCCGGAUUUAAACAUGUUAAAACUCGGAUCGCCGGAAUUAGAGAAAUUGAUAAUCGAACAGCAGGAUGGUAGUGGGGGUAUUGUUUCAUCCUUACCGACACCAACGGCACAAAUAUUAUUUCCAAAGACGGUUACGGAAGCUCAAGAACUUUAUGCUCGUGGUUUCGUAGAUGCUUUAAACGAGCUACAUCAUUCGGAUAGUUCCCAAGAACCUGGUAGCUUACACGGAGCUACUUACACGACUUUGGAACCACCCGGUAGCGUACAAAGCGUCGGCACGGAGUCCUCGGUGAGUCAGGGACUAAUGCAAAUAAAGGAUGAACCUCAAACGGUACCUAGCGUUUCAAGCUCGCCGCCUAUGUCACCGAUAGACAUGGAAAAUCAAGAAAGGAUCAAACUCGAAAGGAAGAGGCAACGAAAUCGCGUUGCCGCUUCCAAGUGUCGCAGGCGCAAACUCGAACGUAUUUCCAGGCUGGAGGACAAGGUCAAAGUUCUCAAAGGCGAGAACAGCGAAUUGAGCGCGGUCGUACAUAAACUUAAGGAACACGUUUGCCGGCUUAAGGAACAGGUGAUGGAUCACGUACAAUCUGGCUGUCAAAUUAUGACGGUUUCGGGCCAGUUUUGAAAUGAAAAAAAUUAACGCAAUUUGUUGAAGGUCUCUCCGUCGCGAAAGAAAAAAAAAAAAAAAGAAAGAAAAGUGAGGAGGAAUUAAUUUAAUCCUUUUAUUUAAUAGGCAAGUUCAAUCAACGACGCAAGUACAAUCCUUAACGAUGAGAACAAAGUUAAAACUUUCUUGAGGUUUGUUUAUAAUCUCACAUAUAUUCGUUAUUUUUUUUUAUGAAAUGCAUAAAAAGAUACACGAAUCACAAGGAUGACAGCUUUCCUUCUUUCUAUCUAAUUUCUUUAUUCUUUCCUGUUUGCGAAACCGUGAAGAUACAAUAUCGUUUAUUAUUAUUAUUAUUAUUAAUAUUAUUAUUAUUUUUAUUAUUAUUAUUCUUUUUCCUUCUCUCUUUUACUCGUUUAUCGAUGCGCAAUGACGAAAGAACGAAGGAAAAACGAGCCAAGGAUUUGUGCUAAGGCUUAAAGUAAUGACGCGAAGGACGUUCGAGAUGCUUAUAUUUCGAUCCUUUUGUAAAAGAAGCUACGCGUUAAGAAUCGGGAAUCGAAAUAUAUAUAUAUAUAUGUAUGUAUGUAUAUAUAUAUAUAUGUAUAUAUAUAUAUGUAUGUAUGUAUGUAAGACGGGUAUAUACUCGUUAAGAGUUGUUAGUGCUCGAGAUGCAAUAUAACUGAGCGUGCACGUGGGAUAAUACGUCCUUGAACGAGUGAGUGCGAACAAUGCUGCAAAGAGAUAAAAAGAAAAAAAAGUAUCUACCUCUUCUCUCAAUAAAGGAUAUAAUAUAAAGAGGAA